UGUUGCGCAUGCGUUCUUUAGGGUAAAUUAAGUGCGAAGUUUUGUCGAUUGUAAAAAUGCUGAAUAUCGAACUGAUAGUAAAACCAUGUGUUUUGGAGAACUGCAAGUCGAAAAUGAAGUAGAUAACUAUUGCACGUUAACGGAAAAACUCAAGUAUUUGUCAACACGAGCAUCAGUCUGGUUUUAAUGGUUUAGUUUGAAGCAGAAGGCCCUGUUCCGUAUUUGUUUAGGCCGUCCAGAUCAUAUAAACAGUUGCAGACAGGGCAGCAUUACACCUCAUCGUGUUCUUGCAGCGGAAAGUUUAAUAUUUUCGAAAGGAUUUUCCAUAUUUUUGACGGCCAGUUACUUAUUGACGGGUGUCCAAAGGCCCUUGAAAUAUACACAGCACACCACUCAUGGUACAGAAGGAGAGGACCAAUCGCUCAUAUUUCCUGGAGUGCGGAAUUGAAAAAUUAGACUAAACUCGGUAUGAUGGAAAGAAAGCAGAGAAAUGGCUCUACAGGAAGUGAUGCAUUUAUUACCUUACAACAAAAGAAUGACGUCAGAGUCAAAUUGGAGUACCAAGGAGAAAGAAGGAUCAUCCCUUUGCCACGUCCUGUCAUGUUGGAUCGACUUCAGGCAAAAAUCAAGGCCGCCUUUGGCAAGAAGCUCACCGUGAAUUACGUCAACAAUGCGAUUUCAAUCCCGAUCGAGCACCAGGAAGACCUCGAUGGGGCUAUUGCUCUUCUGGACCAAAGUCCAUUAAUCACAAGCCUGAGACUGUUCCUCACAGACGAUUACGAGGAAGCACGCAACGCCGACGAUGGCUAUCCUGCUAACGGAUCGCCCUUUGACCACCCGUUUCAUACAUUUCAUAGACGCACGUACACCGACCCUGAUAAAUACCCCUUUAAUGGGAAAAGUAGGCCAGUUCCAGUCAGAUCGAAGUCAAAUCCGGAAGAAAUCCCCUUUGGCUCACCAGACUCUCCAGACCUUUCCGGAUUACGGUCCUAUUCGAUGUUCAUUUCGUCAAAUGGAAGGGGAUCCCCUUCACCACCACCGGGCUAUCACCCGGAGCCAAAUUUCUCAUCUCACACUCAAUCUUUCCACACAAUUAAGGGCGAGGGUGAAUUUAUACCUGAAGAUCAUGACCAUCAAAACCCAUUCACUUUCGAUUUCUUCGACCCAUUGGAACACAGUGAGGUGCGCAUUGCUUCGCGUCGAAGCAGAGAUAGCAUAUUCGGAUCAACACCAGCAUUAUCAGACAGCCCUAGGUGGAUCUCCGGAACUCCAGAUGCUUACGCCCUUUAUAAAGGGAAACGACGACCUUCGAGCGCUCUUCUGCUCGACAGCUCCAUCGAUGACUAUGAGAGUUUCAUCAGCAUUAAAUCAGGGACGUAUCCCAGAAGAAGACACACAUCAGAAAUGUCAUUGAAUCACGUCGAUAUUAAUGAUGAUUACCUGUCAAUGCCACAGUUCUUGAUGCGUUAUGAUUCGCGGCAUAGCGCGGGAAACAGCAGCAGUAGUAGUGGCCUCGUCUCGGAUUAUGACCCAGUCAAAGAUGUUGACCGCAUGAGUGAGCAAUUCCGAACAAUUUCAACAAGCAACAAAGAGCAAGGCUGUCCUAGAAAUUUCAAGAAACUCAGAUUAGUUGGAGCCGGAGCAUAUGGACAAGUGUAUUUGUGCGUGGACAAUGAUUCUGGUAAAGAGCUUGCAAUGAAAAUGGUAGAAACAGCCUUGACAAACCCUGCUACGCAAAAGGAGGUUCGCGCCCUAGAAGCUGAAAUUCAGUUGUUAAAGAAUCUGAAUCACGAGAGAGUUGUAACAUAUUUUGGAACUAAUCAUGAUUCAAAAUCGAUUUCAAUUUUUAUGGAGUAUAUGGCAGGGGGCUCGAUACACGAUAGACUCCACAGCGAAGGGCCAAUGAAGGAGAGCCAAGCAAGAAAGUACACAAGACAGAUAUUAGAGGGCGUCGCCUAUUUGCAUCACAACAUGAUUAUUCAUCGAGACAUCAAAGGUGCGAACAUCCUGAUAGACGCCACGGACAAUAUCAAAUUGAGCUUCGGAGCAUCGCGGAGACUUCAGACGAUUCGUACCCUGACUGGGUUUAAGUCGAUUCAUGGAACACCAUAUUGGAUGAGCCCAGAAGUCAUUAAUGGAGAAGGCUAUGGUCGCAAGGCCGAUGUGUGGAGUGUAGGUUGCACUGUUGUAGAAAUGCUGACAACAAAACCGCCAUGGGCCGAGCUUGAGCCAAUGGCAGCGCUCUUUAAAAUCGCAACCCAGCCGACAGAUCCUCAUGUGAAUUGUUCUCCAGUUGCAAACGAAUUCAUACGAGCUUGUCUUCAAAGGGACACAAAGGCUAGGCCUUCUGCUACAGAGCUACUGUAUUAUAAAUUUACUUCGAGUUUGAUGUCAAGUGCGUAAAUUAAGUUUGAUAAACUUUUUUAAAAUUAUUUUGCAUAUUUGUGUAUAUUAUGAUGAAUUCUUGUUGAAGAAGGUAGCCGGUAGCCAGAACCUUCGUUCUUAAGACUAUGACCAUUUUCUUGUUUUUUGGUGCGUCAUUGGAAUAUACUAAUAUGCUUGUAAUUGUUUUGAUCUUCCUUUACCUAAUUUCAUUUCUACCUUUCGGUACUACCUGUCCUCCAUGAUUUAGCUACAUUUCCCCCUUUUUUACAACCACUCGCCUUUUUUGGCCUCCUUUUAUCGUCUUCCAUCCCGCAUUUGUAUAUCCUCUGCCUUUCUUGGGGCCCUUUCCCUGAAGACCAUUCCGCAUCAAUAUUUUGUUACACUGAUAUUUGUUUCGCCAUGGUUAUUUCCAGCCUCUGUUUUGUUUAGUGUGCUUGUCCCGACCAGCGCCAUACUCAGCAGUAUGCGCAAGAUAUUUUUUCAAAAACCUUGAAAAGUUUAGUAAUAUAGAGGAUCAUUCUGAAUUCACAAUUUAAUCAUGUGAUAUUUAUAAUUGAAGUAAUUUGGUAGAAAUUUCAAAAUAGCAUUGCCUGCCAUCUUGUACUUUUGGAUGAAAGAAUUAAGCUUACCAUCGAAUGAUUAAAAUGUUGCAUUCUUAUAUUUGCCGCAAGAAAGCCAACGGACAAUGUAUGGUAAAUAGAAAAUUGAAAUUUCGAUUGAUUUUAGGCUUAGAUUGAUUCUUAGAUUAGACACAUGUUUUUUAGAUUGAGAAUGAUUAGGUUGCCAUUAAACUUGGAAAUAUUUCUCUGUCUUGGUAACACGAUACGCAUUCAUGCUUUAUUUUGUAUUUUUCUGUGCUUGACAGACGUCGCUUGAAUUUUAAGUAUUUUUGAUUGUUGAUAAGUUGUUAAUUUUUGUUCUUAGUGUAGAAAUAUUUAAUAUGUAAAUAUGUAAAAACCUUAUUUUUAUGAAUAUUAGGAAUUGAUAUUUGUUAA